AUGACGGGCAACACCACCGCACCGGUUCCUUCGCUAGACGAAGUCUACAAUGGUGCACCAAGACGGCUGGCCAAGGAGGCAGACGCAGCUCGGGCGCGAUUGCUAGGGAACAAGACCCUUCCGAACAGCCAGCCUCGGCAGCGUGCAGGUGUCCGGCUUCCUCCCGACACGACGGCCGAAGUAUUCGACGAAGCAAUACGGACGCUGAAACAGAAAUUGGGCGCCGAGAACGUCGUGGUCAACGACGCGCCUCUCGUGGAUGGUUGGUACCUCGAAUCACCAAACACUCACGAUGCGUUCCACAUCGCCGACCAAGAGGAGCUGGUGAGCAGCGCCGCCGUCUACCCGGGCUCCACCGAAGACGUCCAGGAGAUCAUGAGGUGGGCAAACAAGUACGCCAUACCAGUGUAUCCGAUCUCGCUCGGGAGAAACGUCGGAUACGGCGGUGCUGCUCCUCGCGUGCCCGGCAGUGUGGUCAUCGACCUUGGCCGCCGCAUGCACAAGGUGCUCAACGUCGACGGCGAGAACGCCAGCUGUGUCGUCGAGCCCGGCGUGACCUACUUCAAGCUGUACGAGGAGAUCCAGGCGCGCGGGCUGCCCCUGUGGAUCGACUGCCCAGACCUAGGAGGCGGCUCCGUGCUCGGCAACGCCAUCGACCGCGGCGUCGGCUACACCCCCUACGGCGACCACUUCGCCGCCCACUGCGGCAUGGAGGUCGUCCUGCCCAGCGGCGAGCUCCUGCGCACCGGCAUGGGCGCCAUGCCCGGGCCGGGCGGCAGCGACAACCCGACGUGGCAGUCCUUCCAGCACGCCUUCGGCCCGGCCGUCGACGGCAUCUUCUCGCAGAGCAACUUUGGCGUCGUCACCAAGAUGGGCUUCCACCUGAUGCCCGCCGCCAACCACCAGUCGUACGCCUUCACCUUCCCCGAGGACGACGACUUUGCGCGCAUCAUCGACAUCAUCCGCCCGCUGGCCCAGCAGGGCGUGCUGGGCAACAUCCCGCAGCUGCGGUCCGUGAUCCAGGAGCUCAACGUGACGGGCCAGCCCAAGUCGUCCUUCCACCGCGGCGCCGCGCCCAUGACGCGCGAGGAGAUCCGCGCCGCGGCCAGGAAGCUCCCGCUCGGCGAGUGCAGCUGGGUCUUCUACGGCACGCAGUACGGCCCGCCCGACGCCGUGGCCGCGCAGCUCGCGCUCAUCAAGGCCGCCUUCGCCGCCAUCCCCGGCGCGCGCCUCUUCCUGCCCCAGGACGUCCCCGAGACGCACUACCUGCACUCGCGCGCGCUCGUGUGCGGCGGCGUGCCCGUCCUGCGCGAGCUCGACUGGCUCAACUGGGUGCCCAACGGCGCGCACCUCUUCUUCUCGCCCAUCGCGCCGACGCGGGGGCGCGACGCCCGCGCCGUGCACGACAUCAUCCGCGCGCUGCACGCCAAGUACGGGUUUGACCUGUUCCCGACGCUGUGCGUCGCCGGCCGCGAGAUCCACUACAUCGCCAACAUCAUCUACGACCGCGCCGACCCGGACGCCAAGCGUCGCGCCGUGGCGCUCAUGCGCGAGAUGAUCGCCGCCUGCGCCGAGCGCGGCUUCGGCGAGUACAGGACGCACCUCUUGUUCGCGGACCAGGUUGCCAACACGUACAACUGGAACGAUGGCGCGCUGAUGAAGUUCAACGAGACCAUCAAGGACGCGCUCGAUCCCAAUGGCGUGUUGGCGCCGGGCCGGAAUGGCAUAUGGCCCAAGAAGUUCAGGGGUAAAGGGUGGGAGCUGGGCAAGGACGACGUUGAUCUGAGUCGCAUCGGGCCAAAGUUGUGA